AUGGACAAGCCUUCGCUAUGUUUGUGCUUUCCGUGCAUUCUACACUACCUGGAGGGAUACAUAUAUCCACGAAGCGAACAGCAGCACUACCCGGUCCUGCAGAGGAAAGGAUUUACUCGCGAACAACAACAAGCCAUCGCUGAAGAGUGGUACUGGGUUGCGUUUGAAAGAGAGACGGCCGUGAAAGACUAUAUGAAUGGCUUCGUGACCUUUCAUGAUGGAUGCUACUGGAGACCACCACCGGUCUGGGAACCGUCCUCCUCGUCGACACCUGGAGCGAGUUCAUCAUCAUCGCGUUCCACGACCGCUUCAUGA